AUGUCUAUCAAGAACGUCAUCAUCGUCGGUGCGAGCGGCAACCUUGGUCCCUCCAUUUUGAACGCCUUCCUCAAGGAUUCCUCAUUCAACACAACUGUCCUCUCGCGCCAAGGCUCAAGCUCGACCUUUCCCGAAGGCGUCAAAGUCAUCCGCGCGAACUACGAGUCCCACGACAGCUUGAAGGAAGCCUUCCAGGGCCAAGAUGCUGUCUUGUCGCUCGUCGGCGGCAUGGCGCUGGGCGAUCAAAACAAGUUGAUCGAUGCCGCGAUCGCAGCGGGUGUGAAGCGCUUCCUUCCUUCAGAGUAUGGAAGCAACGUCUAUGACGAGCGCGCUCGCGAGAUCGUGCCCGUAUUUGAGCCCAAGUUCGAGACGAUCAAAUACCUCAAGACCAAGGAAAAGGAGAUUGGCUGGACUGGAAUUGCCACUGGCCCCUUCUUCGACUGGGGCCUCAGGGUAGCGUUCUUGGGCUUUGACGGCAAGUCAAGGACCACAACCCUCUUUGAUGAUGGUGAAGCUGUUUUCUCAAGCACCAACCUCAACCAAAUCGGUAUCGCGACCGUCAACGCACUCAAGAACCCCGAUUUGACUAAGAACCAAUAUGUCUACAUCAGUGGAUUUCAGACAACGCAAAAGGAGAUGUUGGCCGCAGCAGAGAAGGUCACUGGCACGAAGUGGACUGUCAACAAGGUCAAUGUGAAGGAGCACAUCGAGCAAGGACGUGCCAAGCUCCAGUCGGGAGAUCACAGCGGCAUCAUGUACUUGAUCCAGGGUGCGACGUUUGGCAAGGAGCAGCAAUUGGGGGACUUCUCAUCUAUGGGGCUUUGGAACGACAAGCUGGGUGUGCCUAAGGAAGAUCUUGAAGAGACUGUCAAGGCUGUGUUUACCUGA